AUGGGGUUCCUCGCCCCACAGUCGGAUGUUUGGAUAUGGCUUACGAUCAUGUAUAUUCCAAUUCUAACUGUAAUGUUUGAAAAGGACCAUUUCAAAAUGUCCUGUUUCAAAAUAAUGAUAUUUCUUGGAAUCGUUGAUAUGCUUGCAUUAUGGGUCAAUUCCAUUAUAACAGGAUAUCUCGCUUUUCAUGGCGCGGUAUACUGUAGCUAUCCUCGCUUGAUCUAUUGUGCUGGAAUGGCUGGAUUAGGACUGUGGUGUUGCUCGUGUAUCAUUGCAAUGAGUUUGGUGAUCAAUCGGCUAUUGGAUCUAACAAAACCAACAAUCUGCGCAAUGUUUUUCUCGGGAAACAAAACAUUUCUUGUGAUGACUCUACCAAUUAUUUAUGGUCUCUACUUUGUGUUCUUCACCACUCCAGUAAUGUUUUCUUCGAAAUUCAUGACCUGGUUCUUUGACCCGCUCAUUUUUCCGGAUCGUGGAUUUGAAUACGCUAACAUUCCUCAUGGCUUCAAUAAUCUUCUGGUGGUUGGUGUCACAUGUCUUUUAUAUACUUCUCUGUGUUGUGUUUUGGGAGAAAAAUUCAACAUGAUCGAGGACACAGCUAAUUCAAAAGUCAAAAACUUGAGUCUUCAAAUAUUCUUCCAAUCUGCCUUAAUUUGUGCAAUCAAUCAAAUUGCAUCCAUCAUCUACGUCAUCAUGAACUUCAUUGAAGUUCCCCUUUGGCUCAUUAUGCUUGGUCAUGUUCUUUGGCAAUUUGGUCAUGGAGCUCCUGUUUUGAUAUAUCUGGCUCUGAACAGAACUUUGAGAAAUGGACUGAUAAGGCGUUUAGGGUUCCGACAAAUCCGAAUCGGGAGCUACAAUGCCGAGCGUGGAAGUGUGAAUCCGACGAAAACAGGACAUUCUUAA